UCAUAUGUGUUUCUGCCAUGAGCUGCAAUAAACGGCUUUCGCAUAUCGGCGUCUUCAUUGCAACAUUGGCGACGAGGAUGGGAUGAAGCGGCACUGAAGCUAUGGCCACCACUUACGGCAAGCUGCCGGAGUUCUGCCCGGACUCGGGAAACAUCGACGUCUACCUAGAAAGGUUCGAACUAUUUGCGAAAGCAAAUGGAAUAGACGACGGAAAGAAGCUUGAAGUCUUCCUGACCAUAAUAGGAGAGAAGGCCUACGUGACACUGCGUAGCUUACUGCUGCCGAAAACGCCCACCGAAGUAAAGUACGAAGACGCCAAGAAGGUGCUGCAACAGCACUACGCCCUGAAGCGGUCUGUGGUCACCGAGCGAUACCACUUCUACCGGCGGAACCAGGAGUCAAAUGAAACCAUCGCACAGUUUCUUGUGGAAUUGAAGAGGCUCGCAGCUACAUGUUCUUUCGGAAAUUUCCUCCAAGAAGCGCUACGGGACCGCCUAAUUGCCGGACUACGGAGCGACACCAUCCGAUGCCGUCUUCUCGCCUUGCCCGACGACGAGGUCACCUGGGAACGGGUGUGCAAGGUAUCCACCGCCAUGGAGGCUGCACAGAAGGACACCCAGGACAUGCUGUGCGACAGCGCCGGGGCCAGCAACGCUCAACUGUACUGGCAAGGAAGCCAAGGGAAGCCUAACGCAACAAGCAAGGUACUGGAAAAAAACUAUACGCAAAAAACUGCAGUAGAGUGUCAUAGGUGCGGUGGUCAGCACGCUCCUACAAGGUGUCCAUUUUUAAAAAGUGCUUGUUUUAAGUGUUCUAAACGUGGUCAUGUCGCAAAAAUGUGCAAAACGCGAGUUGUUCAUGCUGUAGAAGUACCGGCAACAGAGCAGGAUUUGCAGGAUUUGCUGACUAUAUGUCAAACAAACAGAGCAGGCAGUCCGCCUCCCAUAGUAGUAAAAGUAAUCAUAAACGGUCACGAAGUACCGAUGGAAUUGGACACGGGGGCUGCCGUUACAAUCAUGUCUGAGAAAGACUUUGCAGAGAACUUCCCUGACCUAUCGUACAACUGUGAGGACGUAAAACUCGGAGUGUACAACGGCACCGCAAUCAAUGUAAGGGGCGUUGCCCAAGUCGAUGUGAAGUGCGGGAAGCAAAGCCACCGCCUACCACUUGUCAUUGCCAAGUAUGAAGAAGGGGUGCGCAUGCCGGUGCUCCUCGGUCGUGACUGGCUCGCAAAGAUAAAAGUGAACUUGCCUGAUGCCUUGCAGAAACUGCAUGAGGUCGCGCCGCCUGCUGCGCGAAUCCUCUCUCCUUGCACGCUGCAACGACGGCUCAGCUCGCGAUCCCCACCACCACCGCCGUCGCGGCAACAGCCCGCUGGCAGCACUCGGGCCAGUCUGCGGGCACUGUCCAAGCGACGCGGGUCGGUCGACGAUCCCGGCGGGCGAUCAGUGAUUCUUUUCUCCUCCGGCGUCGUCGGCUCGCGAAAGGUCUGGCGCCCCGUGCUUGGUGCUGCCCCGGGUGCCACCAGUUCACCCUCACACCCCUCUCUCCCUCCUCCGGCCGAGAGGAGGCAGGCGAUGGCGCUGCUGCCGGCCCCACGCCACCGCCGCUGCCGUCGCAGCAGCCGGCGCCGAUGCUUCUGA